AUGGUCCUGGUCGACAUAUCCGAAUUGCAUGCUUCAACUCUUCAUAAACAUUUAAAACAUACAAAAACAAACCCGCUGCAAAAAGGUUUCCAUCAAGUUUAUACAAUGGAAAUACAAGCUGAAACACCCGCCAAGAAACCAAAAAGAUUAACAUCUGUUGUAUGGAACCACUUUGAAAGGGUGAGAAAAGCCGAUGCAUGUUAUGCAGUUUGUGUACACUGUCAAAAAAAACUAAGUGGAUCAAGCAACAGUGGCACCACUCAUUUAAGAAACCAUUUAAUGCGAUGUUUAAAAAGAUCCAAUUUUGAUGUGUCACAAAUACUCGCUGCAAAAAGAAAAAGAAAAGACGAUACAGUCAGCAUUGCAAAUGUCAACUAUGAAGACAUACAAAGAAAAGAAGACAACCCAAUCCCAAUUGCAUACAAGUUUGACCAAGAACCAAAGAUGGAAGAAACAGUCAACCUUGGAAGUGUCAAGUUUGACCAAGAAAGAAGCCGGUUUGACUUAGCCCGUAUGAUCAUGCUCCAUGAUUACCCCCCUACCAUGGUUGAACAUGUUGGAUUCAAGAUUUUUGUUAAAAAUCUUCAACCAAUGUUUGAAGUUAUCACAACGAGUGUAAUCGAAUCCGAUUGUUUAACAAUUUACUCAAAAGAAAGACAAAAAGUGUUUGAAAUCCUCCGGAAUCUCCCCGGGAGAAUCAGUGUUUCCGCCGGAAUGUGGUGGUCGCCAGAAAACACCGAAUACGUAAGCUUAACAGCGAAUUACAUCGAUGAUCAAUGGAAGCUGCAGAAAAAGAUUCUAAAUUUUUUAACUUUGGAAUCUUCACAAACAGAAGACUCGUUAUCCGAUUUAAUCAUAAAAUGUUUAAUCGAUUGGGAAGUUGACCGGAAAUUAUUCUCGUUGACUCUCGAUGAUUUCUCCUCUUACAACCAUAUAAAAGAAUGGUUUUCCCAAAACCGACCCGUUUUAAAAAACGGGGAAUUGUUCGAUAUAAGAUGCUCUUCACAUCUUAUAAAAUCCCUCAUGAAAGACACAAUGGAAUCACUAAAACCCAUGACAGAAAAGAUCCGUGAAAGUAUCCGAUACGUGAAAAGCGCGAUGUCAAUUCAAGAAAAGUUCAAUGAAUUUGGUCAACAGGCUUCGGUCAACGCCUCAAAAUCUUUAUUUCUUGAUAAUUCAAUACGAUGGAAUUCAACAUAUUUUAUGUUGGAAUCCACGAUUGAACACCGUGGCGCGUUUUAUUUACUCCAGGAACACGAUCAAAACUACACCAUGUUUUUAUCGGAUCAGGAAUGGAAUUGGGUGGUUUCCGUUACUUCACUUAUGAAGCUUCUUGUUGAGGUUACUCUCGUCUUUUCACAAUCCAACUACCCCACCGCAAACAUAUACUUCCCGGAGAUUUGCGAUGUUCAUAUCCAACUAAUCGAUUACUGUAAAUCCGCGGACGAUUUCAUCCGUUCACUAGCCGAAAAAAUGAAGGGCAAAUUCAACAAAUACUGGGGGAAAUGCGGGUCGGCAUUGGCGAUUCCGGCGAUAUUGGAUCCGAGGUUUAAAAUGAAGCUGGUGGAGUACUAUUAUAAGCAGAUUUAUGAUUCCGAUGCUCCGGACCGGAUUCGGGAAGUUUCCGAGGGGGUACGGGAGCUUUUUAAUGAGUAUUCGAGUGAACCGGGUUCCGGUGAUACCGAGUCGACUCAGUCAAACGGGUUAGUGGGUACGGGUAAUGUGGUGAGGGAUCGGUUGAGAGGUUUUGAUAAGUUCUUAAAUGAGACUGGAAACCAGCAAAGUGGGGUUUCGGAUCUUGAUAAGUAUUUGGAGGAACCGGUGUUUCCACGGAAUCAUGAUUUUAAUAUCUUGAAUUGGUGGAAAGUUCAUACUCCAAGGUACCCGAUUCUGUCAAUGAUGGCGAGGGAUAUACUUGGGAUUCCGGUGUCGACUUUGACUCCGGAAUUGGCAUUCCAUAGUGGUGGGAGAGUGGUUGAUCAUCAUUUGAGGAUGGUUGAUCCCGAUAUUAGACAAGCUUUGAUUUGUGGGCAAGAUUGGCUUAAAAUGGAACCCGAAGAUACCAAUACCUCGAGCCUUGCGGUUGUGCCCCUCGCUGUUGAAUUGACGUAAUUGCCCCUGCAUCAUCACCUGUAUGGUGGAUAGAAUUUGACGAGCAUAUAUCACAAGAGGGCAGAAUGGUAAUUAGGACAUUGCAUUUGAUCAUUAACCCAAACCCCGAAAAGAAGGGAAUGAAUGUAGUUUUUUUUAUGGAGACUAAAUGCACAUUGAUAGAGGUUUUUUUUAUUAUUUUUUUACUUGAUUUCGAGUUAUAAUCUGUCUGAUACUCUUCUAAUUUGAUGGAUUAUUAAGUGAUCUCUUUAGGGUUUUUUUUGUGUUUAUGUUUACGAAGGUAUUAGGUGUUUGAUUGUGUACCAAAAAAUGGGUUUUUGAUCUUUAUACUUUAUAA